CCCUGGGUACCUAGGAAGGCCCCCUUUCGGCCCACUGCAGACACCUCCCAACCCCCGAUCUCGCUGUAUCAUGCAGUGGGGAGAGCCCUAGCCUGCCCGGGCGCACCGCGCGUGGCUCUGUUGCAAACAGGGUGGGAGAGACGCGCGUUCAACUGUCGGCCAGCCUCCGCUUCCAGACGCGAAGGGUUAAAAUGCCAGCUCGCCCGACGUGGCGUCCUCGUCACUUGCAUAAUGUGCCCGUCUAAUUAGGCGGCCCGGAAUGAUGGAACGCGGAUGGCCUGGGCUAAGGGCGAGCGCGCACGCACCAAAAAGCGCCAUCAGAAAUAAUACAGCGGCGGGCUAUUUUCGACGGGUUGAUUUGGCCCUCUUGGCUCGACAGUUGGGCGAGGGGGAGGCAUAGAGCCCAGCAAACCUCUUGGGUUAUACAGUUGACUUCUACCAACUAUCGGAAAGCAAGGAUAUGGGCUUUUAUUGUGGCAAACAAACAAAAAAUGCAAUACAAUAAAACCACUGGCUUGAUGGAGGAGAGAUCUAGGGCCAUUAGGCAUGAUUAUGGCUAAGCGGAGCCUCCAGAUGCCCAUAGAUGGGCAGAGCAGGCAGAAGAUGGAUCCCGAUAUCUCCCUCCUGUUCCAGUGCCCAUCUCCUGAGGGCAUCCCUGAGAGUCAGGUGCGAGCAGAGCUCUCCCCGCUGUAUGACCGGCGCCUACUGUCUGGUGACGGGGUCUGGAUCGAGACAGUUUGGGCCGCACGGCGCCAGCAGAGCCCAUGGCUCUUUGACGGAGCCAAAUUCCGGCUCCACUCAAUCAAGUGGGAGGGGGAUGUUUUGACCUUCCGCCUCGGCCUCACCUGUUACAAGGACUUUGUUGGCACCAACCUGGCAGAUAGAGCCGGGCAGCUCCAGGAGCGCGGGCAUGAGGACUUGGGGAACAGCCAGGCCUACCUUGCCGAUCCCUUGGGAGUGGGCGCCAUGUUGCACACGGCGGACGACCAAUUUGUCUUCUUGCGACGGAGUCAGUGUGUAGGGGAGGCACCUGGAAAGAUCGAUAUUUCUGGAGGGCAUCCUGAACCGCAGGUUGUGAUGGGAGACACUGCUCUGGAGGGACCCAUCCACCAUCAGGACCUUCCAGGAGACUCGGUGGUCAAGGAGUUGUUCUCCUCAGUGCUACGAGAGAUCCAGGAUGAGGUGAAUCUUCCACCACCCACCCUCAGCAGACCGGUCUUGCUCGGAAUAGCCCGGAACGAGACUAGCGCUGGCCGCUGCAGUGCCGAAUUCUAUGUCAGGUGCAGCCUGACCUCCGAGCAAGUGCGGCACCAUUACGCCAUUGGGGGCCUGGAGGCCCAAGAGUCCACCAGCAUCAUCUUUCUCAAUAGAGAGGAUCCAGAUGUUUGCCUGUCCAAAGCCCUCUCUUACGCGCUGCGCCAUGGGGCACAGAAGCUAGGGUUACACAUGGGCUGUGAUGGCUUUGUGGAUGUGGCGGAGCUCCUUCGUUUGCCCCAGUUUAAGCUUUGGAACCUGGAUGAUGUGCGGCGCGUCGUGGAGACAAACGAAAAGCAGCGCUUCGCUGUGCGCCUGCACCCUUCCGGCGGGCACCUCCAGAUCCGUGCCAAUCAAGGGCACUCGUUGCAGGUGUCUGAACUGGAGCUAAACCCACUGCUGGAGCUGUCGGAUUUUCCAGAGGUUGUGGCCCACGGCACAUAUCUGCGUCACUGGCCAGCAAUUCGCCUUAGUGGCCUGUCCCGGAUGGGGAGAACGCAUAUCCAUUUAGCGGCAGGAUUGUCAGGGGACGGAGCUGUCCUGAGUGGAAUGAGAAACAACUGUGAGGUGGCCGUAGUCAUUGAUGUCACCCGAGCUCUGGCAGAUGGAAUCACAUUUUACAGCUCGGCUAAUGGAGUCAUCCUCACGCCUGGUGAUGCCAAUGGGCUGCUACUCCCGUGCUACUUCAGGGAAGCCUUACAGCUCCGGCCUAGGCGUAAGUUGCACGGCCUAUUCCUGCCGCUCCAGCCUGGGCAUGUUUCUAUCAUACCCUUCCCCCAAAGAGCUCAGAGUGGCAUACAUAGUUCUUCUCCCUCCCCCAUUUCAGCUUCACAACAACCAUGUCAGGUAGGUUAGCCCAUAGUCACCCAGUGAGCUUCAUGGCUGAGUGGGGAUUUAAUCUGGGUUUUCCCAGCACUAUAGCUACUAAACCACAUUGCCUUUGUACAUGCGCAGGAACACUUUUGUUUCAUGUUCUAGGGACAGGUGUUGUCACUAAAAAAUAGGGGAGGCUGCAGUCUGUAAACUUGCCUCAAGUUUUUUUUGUGAGGAGUAACUCUAUAUCCUUUUUUGCCUCCAGGGUGUCUGCUGUCUCUCGACUGUCCUGGUCUUGAGCUACUGGAAACAUCUACCUCACUUUCUCCAUGAGACUGUUGUUUAUGUUUUUGUGCAUAUAUGUAUUUCACCAAACAAGACACCUCACUAUUUAAA